ACACGCAUCAGCAGGGAGAAUUUUAACAACAGGGGAAUUGGGACGCUGCUGGAUGGAUAUUCCACUGGAGCCCAACUGGAGGGAAUGAGUGCGGCAUUCUGGAUGAAAACCAGAGAGGCUGGCGUGCACUUGCGGAACAAUGUUGCAUUCCUCCUCUCACAUUACGCUCUGCUCCGUGGUGAACUGGCAAGGCAGGCUGAGCUUGCGGAUCUUCACUCUGUCACGCUGGAGCAUGAAGGUUUUACAGACUGUAAAGCUUUGGUGCUAGUCUUACGGCAAGGGAAAACCAAUCCUUUCGGGAGAAUAGAAGUGUCAGCGUGCAUU